CAAGAAAAAGGUAAAAAAAAGUGUCCAAAAGUGGAGCCAAAAUGGAAAUGACCGCGGCAAUAAACCCGCAGGAAAAUUUACACACAGUCACACAGUCUCCGCCGCAAAAAACCACUCAACCACCAGCAGUUCCCUCUUCUUCUUCCUCCUCCCCCUCUUCCCACCCAAAACACCAAUUUGAACACAAAACCCACAAAAUGCAAACCAAAGAAAUGAGCUGGUUUUCAAUUUCAUAGAAGAUUAACACUCAUUCACACUCUCUCUUUCCCUCAAUUUUUUUUUGAUUUGACUUGACUCCAAUUUUCAUUCAAUUUUAUUUCUUUCUAAAACUUUGAAAAUGAGUGGCGGUGUGAAGAAGGAAAGUUCUUCCACCACCACCACAACCAGAUCUCCUCCGGCAAUGUCCCACCGUAACAACCCCACACCUCCACCUAAUUCCCAAUCCCAGCCAUUGCCGCUUGUCGUCACACUCAACUGCAUCGAGGACUCAACCCUAGAGUCCGACUGUCUCUCCGGCGUCGCGGCCGUCGAGCACGUUUCCCUAAGCCGUCUCGCCGAGGCGCGGAUCGAGUCUGCUUCCGCCGUCCUUCUUCAUUCCCUUGCAUUCCUCCCUCGGGCGGCACAGCGCCGCCUCCGUCCUUGGCAGCUCAUCCUCUGCCUCGGUUCAUCCGACCGGUCUGUUGAUUCCGCCCUUGCUGCUGAUCUAGGACUUAAUCGGCUUGUCCAUGUCGAUGUCAGCCGCGCGGAGGAGGUUGCUGAUACGGUUAUGGCCUUGUUUCUCGGCUUGCUUCGACGGACUCACCUGCUUUCGCGCCAUGCCCUGUCCGCCUCUGGUUGGCUCGGCUCCGUCCAGCCUCUCUGCCGUGGAAUGCGCCGAUGCCGCGGUCUUGUGUUGGGGAUCGUGGGUAGAUCUGCUUCCGCCCGGUCAUUGGCUAAUCGGAGCUUGGCAUUUAGAAUGAGCGUGCUCUACUUCGACGUUGAUGAGGGAAAUGGCAAAAUAAGUAGAACAAUUACUUUCCCUCCUGCUGCCCGGAGAAUGGAUACACUUAAUGACUUGCUUGCUGCCAGUGACCUCAUAUCAUUACAUUGUGCAUUGACGAAUGAGACGGUGCAGAUAAUGAAUGCAGAUUGUUUACAGCAUGUUAAACCUGGGGCAUUUCUUGUGAACACUGGUAGUAGCCAGCUGUUAGAUGACUGUGCUGUGAAACAGCUUUUGAUUGAUGGCACUCUUGCGGGCUGUGCUCUGGAUGGUGCUGAUGGGCCUCAGUGGAUGGAAGCAUGGGUGCGGGAGAUGCCAAAUGUUUUGAUUCUUCCACGUAGUGCUGAUUACAGUGAAGAAGUCUGGUUGGAGAUAAGGGAGAAAGCUGUUUCUAUACUGCAGUCCUAUUUCUUGGAUGGUGUCACUCCAAAGGAUUCUGUAAGUGACGAUGAAGAAGAAAGUGAAAUAGCUCUGGAACAUCAUCAGCUGACUAGGGGCACUGAAAGUGGAUUACCAAGUUCAGUUUCUGAGCAGCUAACUUCUGAUGGUAGAUUAAAUGCUGAAAACUCUCAGAAAAAGGGUUCAAAUCAAAUGAAGGUAUCUCCUAACCAGCCCCAGGGUUCUGUUUCACAAGGUUCGUCAAGUAGAACUGAGGCUAAACGAAGUAGAUCAAGCAAGAAGACUAAGAGAAGGCAUGCCCGUCAAAAAUCACAACAAAAACUAGAAGAACAAUUGACGCAUGAGAGAGAGUCUUCGCAUCACGAGGAUGAUACAGCUAUGAGUGGUACAGAGCAAGGGUUAAGUUCUAAUUCUCGUUUUGCUUCUCCUGAGGAUUCUAGAAGUAAACGAACAACUGUCGAAUCAAUGCCAGAAUCAUCUCCUGAACCUCUACUGAAAACAAACAUGGACUUUAAUAGGAAAGCUAGUGAACUUUUGAAGGAUGGUUUUAUUAUAGCUUUAUACACAAGAGAUCGUCAACAACUUCAUGUGUCUCGCCAACGAGUCAAAGGAGGUGCUUGGUUCCUAGACACUGUCCCAAAUGUGACGAAAAGAGAUCCAGCAGCCCAGUUUCUUGUCGUUGUCAGAAGCAAGGAUACGAUUGGUCUGAGGUCAUUCACUGCUGGAGGAAAAUUGUUGCAGAUAAAUAGGAAAACAGAAUUCGUUUUUGCCAGUCACAGCUUUGAUGUGUGGGAGAGUUGGACAUUUGAAGGUUCUUUUGAGGAAUGCAGGCUUGUAAAUUGCAGAAAUCCAAUGGCCAUCUUGGAUGUGCGCAUCGAAGUCCUUGCAGGUGUAGGGGAAGAUGGUAUUACACGGUGGCUUGAUUAGGCAUCCAAGGUGGCACUCCAAGGACUCCUCUGUUUUGGUUUUUGCAACACGUCUUUAAGUGCUUUGUAAGUUGUAAAGUAUUCCAUAAUUACACUUUAGAUCAUAGUUUCAGGUGCUGCGUUUCAUAGUCAAUGAGCCCAAUGCUGGAGAUUUUAGUUGAUUUUAAGGAUAUUAUUUUCUCCACAGUACCGGGCCAUUGUGAUUUGUAUUGAUUUUUUGUUGUGAAGCAUUAUCUGAAUGAAGUACCAUUAAUUUUUGUUGUGAAGCAUGACCAUAAGUUAUCCCAGCUUUUGUGGUGCACCCAUCCAGUGAUAUUCCUAGAGUACAGGCAGUUUCUAGUUUCUAAUGGGGACAUCAAGUGCGAUUGUGAGCCAUAUCUUGCAAUACAAGGAAGUUAACUUUAUCAUCAUUACCUCAAUGCAA